GUUCUUGUUCUUCAAUCCUGGGAACCUGCUGGUUCUGAUUUGCGCCGUCUUCCUCUAUUGGUGCAGGUUGUUGGAUUGUUUCACCUCCGCAGAGUUCAUCGGACUGGAGAUCUUGCCCAUCCGGCAGAUGGCCAUGGGUUUGUUGCCGGCGCUCGCCGUGACGUGCGUCGCCUUUUGCGCCUUCACCCACGCGUUUUAUCUGGUGAAUGGAGGGCCAAAGGUGGAGAGCAUGGUGGACAUCGUCUUCGAGACCUUUGCCACCUUGAUCACUGCUGCCCUCCCGCCGGACAUCAGCACCGGCACGGGCAAUCAAGUGAAGUUGAUCCUCUGCAUCCUGGCAGUGUCUUUCUUCACAGUCUUCAUUUUGAACAUUUUCAUUGGUGUCAUGGGUGAGCUCUACGUGAAGGAGAAGCAGCGGGCCGAGCACACCUUUCGGAUGUACCGUGCCGGGUCAUGCUAUCAAUACCUGCUGCGAAGUCGAGUGCUUCAAUGCAACUUGAUGUCUGCCGACAGAGGCCUCUUGUUGAUGCUGGUCUCGGGUUGCGUGGCGCUCACGGUACAGAUUUUGGGCUUCAUCAACCACGAGCAGCGUAUCCCAGGGACGAGCAUCAUCUUCUUCGUGUGUCAGGCGUUGAUUCUCUUGGGUGCUUAUCAGAGCCCCGACACUCCUUGGGUGAAGGGCGGACGGUCUGGCUACCAACUGUGGUUUUGCAAGGAGAAGUCCGAGAAAGUGCAAGAGCCUUUAGUUCAGGACGUCAGCAAUACCCUGGAGCACAUGAAGGGCUUUCUCGGCGAGAAGCAUUACGCCUACAACGCCACGUUGGACUUUUCCAUGGGCUCCUUUUCAGUCAAUGUCCGCCCGGACACCGGCUGCGAGGAUGAGGGCGUGCCGAAGCACCCGACGGCGGUGGGCAUCGGUGGGCAGCAGACCUUACGAUUCUUCGCGUCGAAGGCGGAAAGCGCCCGGAAGCAGGCCUACGACCUCCACGUGCAACGGCUUCUGGGCUCGGAGACCACGCUGCAGUCGUUGGCCGUGGAGCACGGCCGCCUGACGCCGGCCUUCGCCCCGGAGGUGCGGAGCUAUAAAGUCUCCUUGGACUUGGAGUCGGACAUGCUGAAAGUCUGGUACCGCCUGCGGGAUAAUGAGCAACGCUUGCGCGUGGCCGCCCAGAAGGAGGAGAUGGCGCGUCGCUUGGAGGGCUUGGAACGACAAGAAGCGCUUCAUGUCGUGUCAGGGGAGGUGCAGUACCAGGAUGCCUACAGCAGCUUUAUGCUCGAUGUGGGCCACAAGCGUUCGGUGACGAUGACCAUCCAAUGUGCAGAUCCCACGCAGGCGAGCAUUGGGACCUACACCUUGGAGCUUCAGCGCGGCAGCUGCCCACCGCAGCGGCCCUACUUCGAACCGGACAAGAGGAAGUGCGUGAACUUUUGCCCCGAAGGCUUGGUCCGAAGCUGCGGACGGGGCUGGAGAGGCUUCUACCGGAACGACUUGGACGAACGCUGUUCACGGUGCAACGACAACUGCAAGGUGUGCACGGGCUUGUUGACCUGCAAGAUGUGCGUGCCGGAUGACGUGCAGUAUACCUACGUCAUCCAACCGGACGGCAAAUGCGAAGCCCAGGCGAAUCAUAUCUAUGCCAGGUACAAAUGGUGGUGUGCUGGCUUUGCCCUGCUCUUGCUCUUCCUAGUUUGCUUCGGCUGCGCUGGGAUCUGCACUCUCUGCCAUGCGCCGCGCAAAGGAGCGGCCUCCAAGCCAGAGAGGCGCCGCUACUUCGAAGAUGACUUGGAAGAGGACAAGCAGCUUCUGCAAUACCCCCCCGGCAGGAGGCUUGGCGGAUAUUGACCGCUGAAGGGGCCGCGGAGCGAGUGGGUCAGAGCGUAUCUGGAUGACCUGCACGUCCGACCUUUUUGGAACAUUUGGGGACACUCCACUCAGAUCUGUG